AUGUUUUUUUAUUGUUGCACAUUUUAUUUUAUUUCUUUAUUUUUUUUAUACAUAUCUUCAUUUUGUAAAUCUACCAAGGUGACACAGCUUUAUGAUAAAAAGAUAAAAAUAAAAAGUUUUAUAAAUAAUUAUUUAGUUUCAUGUAGAAAAAAAAAAUAUAUAUAUAAUAAUGUAGAUGAUAAGAACAAUAUAGGUACCUUUAACCUUUAUCAUAAUAUAAGGGAUAAUAAUAAUAAUAAUAAUAAUAAUAAUAAUAAUAAUAAUAAUUUGAACAAAAGGAACGAUACAUUAUUUGCUUUAUCUAAUAAAAACAAUAUAGUUGAUGUUGAGAAGAUUUACGAUGAAGUAAAUAAUUUAAAAGAUAAAGAGCAAAAAAUAAAUUAUCUUAUGGAACAAUGUAGUUCAUUAUGUAAGAAAAAUUAUUUCCCUCCCAUUGUAAAUUUGAACAAGGCUUAUAAGAAUAAAAGGAUAGAUGAAUUUAAUAAGGGUAAUAAAAAUUUCUAUAUUAAUGAAGUGGGAAAAAAUAUAUUGUAUAAGUAUGUUAAUAGGUGUGAUGAAAUAUUAUUUAUGGCUAUAGAUAUACAAAUUAAUGAAGACGAACAAAGAAACAAUAGUAUAAAGGAUGUAAUAGAUGUUCAUGAUGAUAAUAUAAAGACAUGUGCCCUUAUAAAGGAUGAGAAACAUUUUGAAAAGUAUAAAGCUAUACAUAAUGAUAAUAUCAUAAAGAAUAUUCUACCCCUUGAUAAAAAAAUCGAUUCUAUUAAAAAUAUGUUAAACCAUAAAUAUAUGAAAAAGAAAAAAUGCAUUAUUACCAUUGAUGCUUAUAGUGAUAAUUUAAUAUUGUAUUGUUUUCUUUAUUUAAUUUUAAAACAUAUAAAUAAAAUGUGUUUAUAUUCUUUUAUGAAUAUACAAUUAAAAGAAAUAACUGUCAAAUUAAAAGAAGUUUUUGAUUUACAUUUUAAUGUACAUCAUAUCAUUGAUUAUAUACACGAAUAUAUAUACAACUUUUUAAUGUGUUAUCAUGUCAAAAGGAAUAAAAAUAAAAGUAAAAACAUGAAAGAGAAAGAUAUAAAAAAUGUGUUUUCUAAAAAUGAAAUGAUAUCUGAUGAGGAUAACAAACUUAUUUCUAAGGAGUCUUCUGAUAUGUACACGAAAACAACAAGAAGAAAAAAAAAAAAAAAAAAAAAUACCAUGAAAUUAUUUAUAUAUCCAAGAAUAGCACAUAUGCUAAGCGGAGGUGUGGAUUCUUUAAUGGCUUUACAUUUGUUAGAGAAAAAAAAAUUUUAUGUUGAUAAUUAUUUUUUUAAUUUUACAAAUGCAGAUUGUAGUAAGAAUGACGUAAAAUAUGUAAAGGAUAUAUGUAAAAAUAAGAAAAGAAAUUUAUUUAUUAUUAAUAUUAAUGAUGAAUAUUUUGAUGAAGUGCUCGUACCAAUGUUAUUUUUUUAUGCAGAUGGGAAAGUACCAAAUCCUGAUAUUAUGUGUAAUCAAAAAAUUAAAUAUAAUUUUUUUUUAAAAGUUAUAAAAAGUAUAUAUAAACAAAAAUUUAAUUAUGGAACCAAAUCAAAAUUGUGUAAUUAUAAUUAUAUAUCAACUGGUCAUUAUGCUAUGAUAAGAACGAAUGAUAAAAAUAAUCCAAACAAUAUAUUUAAUAAUAAUUUAUUUAUAAAAAAAAAAAAAAUAAAAAAAAAAAAAAAUAAUAAAAAAAAUAAUAAUAAUAAUAAUAAUAUAUAUACAUAUAUAUACAAUUUACAUAAUGAUAACAUAAAAACUAAUUAUAAAAAGAAUAACAAAUAUUUCUAUAAAUUAUUAGUUAGUAAUGAUAAAAAAAAAGAUCAAACCUUUUUCUUAUCCUCCUUUAAUCACAUACAACUUUCUAAAUUCAUAUUCCCUUUAUGCUUAUAUAAAAAAACGGAUGUGAAGAAAUAUAUGAAUGAAAAGAAUAUAAACAAUUAUAAUCAUAAAGAAACCAAAGGUCUUUGUUUAUUUGGUAACAUAGAUAUGCAGUCCUUGUUACAGAAAUAUUUUGUAAACAGUGAAAAGGAUGAUAUUAGAAAUAAACAAAAUGAAGAUAAUAUAUUUAAGGAAAACAAUAUUAUUAAUUUAAAUAAUAAUUUGAAUCAAAAUGAAAAAAAAAAACUUCUAGUAGAUAUAACAACAACAUCAUCUCACCUAAAAAAAUUUAGAGAAACAUUCAUACAAAAAAUGGAUCUUCAGUAUAAAAAUUAUCUCAUCAAUUUAGAUGAUCAAACUAUCUUGGAUAUAAAUUCAGAUAUACAUCUAUAUGCUAUUGGUCAACAUAAAAAUGUAACCAAUUAUCUUCAUAAUUUAUAUAAUAAAAAAAUGGUAAAUAUUCAUGGACACAAAAAGAAACAUAUAAAAAAUGUAAUUUCUUCUUUUCAAUGGAUUGUAGUAUAUAAAAAAAUAAAAAGAGAUGUGUCUACAAAUCUUAUUCAUAAUUUUAUAUAUCUUACUAAAAAUUAUGACCAAGAUUUAUUUACACAUAUACGAACAAAAUGUAAAUUGCACAAUAUAAAAUGGAUAGAGGGCAAAUUACCUGCAUGUAUAAAAAAGCAAUUUAAAAAAAAUAAAACAAUAAAUAAAACAAUAAAUAAAACAAUAAAUAAUAAAUAUAAAACUAGUGAAACAUUUAAUGUUUAUAAUAAUAUUCAAGAGAGUGCAAAAAAAAAGAAAGUCAAAAAUAUUCCCCUUGAUGAAAAAACAAUUUUUGUUAAAAUUAGAAAUAGUGAACAAAUAAAAAAAGCAAAAAUUAUGUUUUCUUCAUCAAAUAAUACAGCAUAUUUAAAAGUGAAACAAAAAGAUAACGGUUUUUCACCAGGACAAAUUAUCACCUUAUAUUUUCCUUUUAUUAUCAAAAACAAUAAUAAAGUAACAUAUAUUACAAAUUUAAACAAAUAUAACAAUCCUAUAAAUACAAAUAAAAAUACAAUUUAUUAUCAUUGUCUAGGUUCAGCAACAAUAAGUAAUCAAUUUCUUGAUUAUAAUUUGUACCAACAUAUAAAAAAUAUUCACCAGAUAAAUGAUUUAAGCAUGAGCAAAUAA